AUGACCGAAAAUGCAACCGAAACAACAGAAACAACAGAAAUGAUGGUUGAAACAACUGAAGGCUUUACCACGGAACCAGCGCUUUUCUACCAUGCAGCGUAUUCUGGAAUCAGGAAUAUGGCGCACAGUCAAUUCAUUAUCUCAAAAUUUAGCGGAGAUAAAGCUUGGCUUUCAGUGGCUGCCAGUGGCAAUAAAGGCCCAUUUUAUUGGACAUCAGGAAGUCCGAUUACUUUAUCAGAAAACCCUGCUGACGCGGAAAUUUUUAUCAUUAAAAAUGAGGAUAACGAAUUGAAAAUCAUGCUUGCAAGCGACACAGAAAAAUGCGUUGAUGAAAGUGGUGACAAGCCAGUUCUUGCACUCUGUUCAGAAUCAUUGACACAAAUUUGGUUGUCAGAAAGUACAAUUAUAACGACAACAACAACAACAUCAGAAGCAAUAAAGUCUUCGAGACCUGGCGAGACAACAAAGACUACAUCAUCGACUUCAACAACAACAACUACCAGUACCACAACCACGAAAAAAAAUGGAAACAAUGGCAAUGGUGGGAAGCCAACAACAACCACUACUACACUUACCUCUAACACAAGCUCUCCAACCAAUACUUCAACAACAACAACAACCAAACAACAUGGAAACGGUGGAAACGGUGGAAAUGGCAACGGUGGAAAUAAUGGAAACGGAGGAAAACCGUAA